AUGACCCUCCAAUUUCAAGUCCAAGAGGUUCCUAAUUUCCUUUCAAAAGAAAAGGCUGACUCAAUUCCUCUCUCAAUUUCACAACUCCCAAAUGUUCUCCAACUUUUAUCAAUCCGUGAAGAUUCUCCUAAAGCAAAAUUCAUGAAAGAAACACUUGAGCAAUGUGAAGCAGAAGCAGUCACAGGGGAGACCAAGUCAUGUGUCAACUCUAUAGAGUCCAUGCAUGAAUUUGUUCACACAAUAUUUGGUUCAAAAACCAAACAUACUGUUCUUACUACCAACAACCCAUCACCCUCAGCUACCCCUCUUCAAAAAUACACCAUUUUAAAAAUAUCACAUGACAUUAAUGCUCCUAAAUGGGUAUCUUGCCAUCCCCUCUCAUAUCCAUAUGCUAUUUACUAUUGCCACUACAUAGCUACUGGAACUAGAGUGUUCAAGGUCUCACUGGUUGGUGAUGUAAAUGGAGAUAAAAUGGAAGCUCUUGGUAUGUGCCAUUUGGAUACAUCUGAUUGGAAUCCAAAUCAUAUGAUAUUCAAGAAAUUAAAAGUCAAUCCUGGGAAGAAUACACCAGUGUGUCACUUCUUUUCUAUAAAUCAUCUUUUAUGGGUUCCAUUGGAGUCUACAAAAGCCACCAUGUGA